AUGUACCGGAUCUUUUUUCGGGACAAGCGACAGAUAUCUAGGUGAUCAGGUGACAAAAAUAGCUGAAAUGUACAAAAACAAGCUUCACCAAUUUGCAGAGGCGUUCCGCAAAGUUGGGAUUACUGUGACCCUCAAGGUAACCCCUGGAGCACCUGCAAAGAUUGUCAUUAUACAUGAAGUAAAUUCAAGCAAAGCUGCUUGGGUCGUUCUAGAUAGGCACUUCAGGAGAGAUUUCAGGCACUUAGAAAAGCACAUAGCUUGCAAAGUUGCAGCAUUUCAGGAUCAUUUACAGGUGCAGACCUUGAAGCCACUAUGGACGAACCCAUCAAGAAAAAGCACAGCUGAUGUGAAGGACCUGCAACGAUUUGCAGUCACGAUAGAUCUGAGUUCUGAGACACCAAGUGCUACUCACGGAGUGCCAAACAUGUCAUCGCCUGUAAGCUACUUUGCCUCUCUAAGCAACCGUGGUAUCCACGAGACCUCCAGCGUGGAUGCAUGCAGUAUGCCAUGCUUCAGUGGCAUGUCAAUCACAAUCGAUGACACCCAAUCACUGUCUAAUGGUAAGAUAACUUUUCUUCACUAAAACAAAACCGUU